GGCAAGGGAAAGCUUAGGCUGGCAGAGUAGCACUGGCUAAGGUAGUCAAGGGUAGGUAGCAAUGGGACGGGCGGGAAGGAUAUAUAGCAAACCCCAUCCAGAUCAUCGGGUCUCUUUGUUCAGCUUGUUCAGAAGAACACCAACUCAACCAUCACACUCUUUUUUUUUGUAUAUAUCUUCAAGCUCGGCCGAGUCUUUGCUCUUCCCCCUUCCUCUAGUCUACUUCUCUUUCUCUCCCUUGUACGAGUAACUUUGUAAGUGAGAGAACCAGGAAACAGGCUCCAAGAUGAAGGCAUCCAUCCUCCUCUCCGGGGCCCUCGUCUCCCUGGCCGCGGCCGCGAUCCCCUCAGGCCCGGCAAAGACCUACGCAGCAUGCCAAAAGAAGACCUGCAACAACCCCUUCGAGGGCUGCCCCGCAGACACCCUCUUCGUCUCAAAGACCUCCAAGCACGCAAACUUCACAACCAUCCAGGACGCCAUCGCCUCCCUCCCCCACGACACAACAGCCCACACAAUCCUCAUCGCGCCGGGCAUCUACGUAGAACAACUCAACGUAACCCGUCCCGGUCCCCUCACCUUGCUGGGCAUGACCGACUCCCCCGGCAACGGCAUCUCCUACUCCGCCUCGGGCAACGCCACGGCAGGCAACGCCCAAAACGAGGUACAAGUCCUCUUCAACGCCACAAACCACAACGUCCGCUUCCCGGACAACGCCUACACCAGCGUCCUCUCCGUCGGCCCCACGCUCAACGCCACCCUCACCGGCUCCGGACCCACGGGCUUCCCCGUGCCCGCCGACACGCCCUUCGGGUGCGCCGACUUCCGCGCGUACAACAUUGACUUCCGCAACGACGAGUACCCUUACUCCAACGGCCCCGCGCACGCUGUGGGCGUGAGCAGGGCCAACGCCGGGUUCUACUCGUGCGGGCUGUACGGGUGGCAGGAUACGCUGUACGUCGGGAAGCUGGGCAACGCGUACUUUUACGACAACGUGAUUGCCGGCCAGACGGAUUUCCUGUACGGGUUCGGCACGGCGUAUAUUGAGAAGUCAACGCUGUCGCUGCGGAACUGCGGCGGCGGUAUCACUGCUUGGAAGGGAACAAACACAACCUUUGAGAACAAGUACGGAGUCUACAUCUCCGACUCCCAGGUCCUCGCCGCAAAUGCCUCUGUCGCGCCCUCCAUCCGCGGCGCCUGCGCCCUCGGCCGCCCCUGGAACGCCCAGCACCGUUCUAUUUUCAUGCAGUCCUUCUUUGAUGCUUCGAUCAAGCCCCAGGGCUACAUUGAGUGGCAGGCCAGUGAGCCGCGCGUCAACAACUACACCUUCAUGGCCGUCUAUGACGACCGCGGACCGGGCUGGACGCCCGAGCAGAUGAAGGCGAGCAACGUCACGAUUGUGCUGGACGCCGCGGGCGCGGCGCCGUACAGGGAGCCCAAGGACGUGUUCCAGACGCCUGAGGGGGAGUUUGGGUUUGUUAGCUGGGUUGACCAGAGUGUGUUGAGGUCGUGAGUGUGGUGACUGUUUUUCACGGUGAAGGGGGAUUUUAGAGGAAAUGUUCGAGGGAAAAAAUGCAGAUUAAUCUCAGACCUAGACUACAGAAACAGUAAUUCCCUUCCUCUCAUUUUCUUCCCCUCAG